CAGAAAUAUCCCCUUGGUCUUCUGGAUACUACUAUCUUUUGUUUUCCUACCUCUCCAGUUGUUCCUUCUUACUUCUCUUCCUUACAUGUAGGUUUUUCUCAGGGUUCCAUCCCCACUUAGCCUUUUCCCAGCCAUAACUAACAACUACCCUGAACACAUGAGGUUUUCCAACAGCUCUGUGCUCAGACUUUUCUGUCUGAAAAACCCUUUCCCUGUUUUCUUGCCUUUCACUUGUCCUUUAAGAGUCAGAAGGACUCACCUCCAGGAAGCCUUUUCUGACCUGCUAAUAGGAAUUAGGUGUCUUACCACUGAGCUCUGCUAGCAUCUUGUGCCUACCCUCAUCGUGGCACUUAAUACACUGAACUGUAAUUGCUUAUUUACUUGAGAUUUCUUGCGGAGCAUAGAGCUAUAGAGGCCAGGGAGUUCUUUUAUCUCUGUAUCUCCAGCAACUGAGUCUGGCACAUAGCAGACAAUCAGUAAAUGAGAUGAGUUAUGAAUAUCCUUACAUUCUUUUAGUUAAUUUUGAUACUGGCUUUAAUGAAUGAACAUACAAGCAGUUUUACUCAUUUUUUUGUCUUUUCUCCCCUCUCAACAUUUGGAGAGUUUUCAAAUCUACCAAAAAUUUGAAAGAAUAGUACAAUUAAUACUGUAUACCCCUCAUAUAGCAGCAGUUGUGAACUUCCUGCUACAUUUGUGUCCUCUUUCUCUUUCCCUCUCUCCCCCCACAUAUCCCGCACACUCUCCACUCCUCGAAACUUUGGAAAAUAAGUUUUAGUACUAUCUCCUGAGAAUAAGGAUAUUUUUAUGUGACCACAAAACUCUAUCCACCUGAGAAAACUCUUAAGAUCUACACACUUUUUCUGUAAAGCGCCAGAUAGUAAAUGUUUUGAGCUUUGCAGGUAAUAUGAUCUCUGUGGCAACUACAGUUGACCCUUGAACAAAAGGGUUUGAACUGCAUAGGUCCACUUAUAUGCGGAUUUUUCCAAUAAAUCUAUCAAUAGUAUCAAUACCUGUAUUUUCAUUUUACAGAUUUUUAACUGUGGGGAAGUUUGUGUCUGAUUAGAGGUCACAAUAUGUGAAGUCAAAAGAGCUAGAGUUUGAAUCCUGAUCCUAUCCAAGCUGUUUCAGCUUCCUGCCCUUGGUCAUCUACCACUUCCUUUGUUUUUGAGGCAGAGCUAGUAAGUAGUACGUGGAUUUUUGACUGCGCAGGAAUCAGUGCCCCGUUGUUCAGGUACUUGGUCCCACCUGUGUAUUGUGAAAGCAAAUAUAAACACUGUCUAAACAAAUGGGUUUGGCUGUAUUCUAGUAAAGUUUUAUGUACAAAAAAAGGCUUUGGGCUCUAUUUGGUCUGCUGGGCCAUAGUUUGCUUAUAUAUUAUUCAUAUUUAGAUUUCUGUUUUAAUAUUUACUUAUUUGUUGCACUGGGUCUUAGUUGUGGCAGGUGGGCUCCGUAGUUGUGGCAUGUGAACUCUCAGUUGCGGCAUGCAUGUGGGACCUGGUCCCCUGACCAGGGAUUGAACCCAGGUCCCCUGCGUUGGGAGCACGGAAUCCUAACCACUGUGCAACCAGGGAAAGUCUCAUAUUCAGAUUUCUGAAUUCUUGAAAACAUAUUUGAAUCUUUUUUUAACUCAAGAGCAAAUUUCACACAUUGCAUUUUGCGAAGAGACACACUUGUGUCUCUUUAAUCUAGAAAAAUACCUUCCCCACCCCCUCUUUUAUUUUCACAAAAUUGUUUUGAAGAGUGCAUGCCUAUUGUAGAUAAGCUACAUCCUGGACAUUCUGGAUUUAUCUGAAAGUUUCCUCAUUAUUAGAUUCAUGUUAAACACUUUUAGUAAAAAUGCUACAUGAGUGAUAAGGCACAAGGUCAGUUGUCUUCCUGUUGGUGUUACUAGGUUUCAUUUGAUUAAGUUUGUGACUGCCAGAUAGCUCCAUUCUUCCUUUUGUCAUUCCUAAGCAAUCAGCGUGGUGAUUCUUUGAGACUAUGAGAUUGUCCAUUCCCCCUACUCCUUUCAUCCAAUGAUUUCACCCAUCUGUAGUCUUUGAUUGAAACAGUUAUUUCAUCAAGGGCUACAAAAUGGUGAUUUUUCAAAUCUUUUAUUCCUGGUAUGUUAGCUGGCAGUCUUCUGUAGAACAGAAUCUUCUCAUUUUGUAUGAUUGUUUCAGAGAGAAAAAAAAAGGACAGUAAUUAUUGGCAAUGUAUAAACCCAACAAAGGGGUAUAGCUAUUGUUAUUGUCAUCACUACUACUAUUACUGUUUCUGUGAUUCUUGUUAUUACAUUUUCAGGGGUAUCCCUGAGGAGGCAGUCAAAAGAAAGUUCUCCAAAACAGAGCAGUCUGAAGCUGGGGAUGGCGACAGCAUGGGUAACCGCUCCUUCCCCCGCUCCUCUGAAUCUGAAGAAGGAGGGACCUCAGGUAGUGAAGGAGGAUCACCACUCUACUCGGGGGCAGGGAGUCAAGCUGCAAGGAAACGGCACAGGCUUCGGACAGGAGCUGUUGUGCAAACAGUUCAGGCAGUUGCGCUAUGAGGAGACCACAGGGCCUCGAGAAGCGCUGAGCCGGCUCCGAGAACUUUGCCGACAGUGGCUGCAGCCCGAGACCCACACCAAGGAGGAGAUCCUGGAGUUGCUGGUGCUGGAGCAGUUCCUGACCAUCCUGCCCGAGGAGCUCCAGGCCCGGGUGUGGGAGCAUCACCCAGAGAGCGGGGAAGACGUGGUUGUUGUACUGGAGGAUUUGCAGCCAGAUCUGGGAGGAACAAAACAACAGGUGGACCCAAACCAGGCAAAGAAACAGAAAAUGUUUGUGGAAGAGACAGCCCCUCUGAAAGCAGUGCCAGAGCAGCAGGUCCAAGCUGAGGAUGAAGUUCCCAAGCCCAAGAGAGAGAAGGGUGAAGAGACAAGGAUUGAGAACAGGAAGCUGAUUGUAGAGACAGACUCAUGUGGAGGAGUGGAAUCAUCUGGGAAAGUAUCUGAACCCAUAGAGGCUCAUUAUGAGGACUCCAACUUGGAUAGGCAGCAGGCCACGCCCAAGGAGAAGACCCACUAUAAAUGCUCAGAAUGUGGGGAGGGGUUCAUCCAGCACUCAGACCUGAUUAAGCAUGAAGGUUCGCACAUGGGAGAAAAGCUGUGUGAAUCUGAAGUGUGUCAGAGUUCUGGUCUUACUGGACAUCAGAAAAUCCGCUCUAGAGAAAAAUGUCAUCAGUGUCAUGAGUGUGGGAAAGCCUUUCAGAGAAGUUCACACCUUAUCAGACAUCAGAAAAUCCAUCUUGGCGAGAAGCCUUAUCAGUGCAAGGAGUGUGGAAAAGUCUUUAGCCAGAAUGCAGGCCUUUUGGAACAUGUCAGAAUCCAUACUGGAGAGAAACCUUACCUGUGUAUCCACUGUGGAAAAAACUUUCGGCGCAGCUCUCACCUUAAUCGACACCAGAGAAUUCACAGUCAGGAGGAGCCCUGUGAGUGCAAGGAGUGUGGGAAGACCUUUAGUCAGGCCCUUCUCCUCACCCACCAUCAGAGAAUCCAUAGCCACUCCAAAAGCCAUCAGUGUAAUGAGUGUGGCAAAGCCUUCAGUUUGACCUCAGACCUUAUUCGACACCACAGGAUUCACACUGGAGAAAAACCUUUCAAGUGUACUAUAUGCCAGAAAGCCUUCCGACUAAACUCACACCUUGCUCAGCACGUGAGAAUCCACAAUGAGGAAAAACCCUAUGAGUGUAAUGAAUGUGGAGAAGCCUUCAGGCAGAGGUCAGGUCUUUUUCAACAUCAGAGAUAUCACCACAAAGACAAACUGGCUUGAUGAGGUGUCCUCUCCUUAUGGACAAUCAGAGACAGUAUAUUAACAAGCAGCACUUUAUAAGAAAAGUCACUCUAGCCAACUCUGGCAGAGAAGUUUUGGGGGCCAAGUUGGAGGGUAUCUGCUUGUACUCCCUCUCCUUUGUUUUCCUCGUAGUCAGCUUUGGGCCACAGUAAUUUCACUCGAGACCCUGUGAGAUCAAAGGUAAAUAGCAUUCUUUACUGCAGGAUUUCUCAGAGCCUUUAACAUGGUAAAUGCAUAGUUAUACAUCUCCAAGUAGUAGAGAGCCUCAUGGUGGAAUGAGGGCUUUAAGUCAGCGAUGAAUCAAGUGUCCACAGAUUCAUAGACUUAAACAGAACAAGAGCAGCUUGAUAUUUUUGCAUAUGCUACAGCAACAGACUCCUAUACAAUAAAUCUAAUGACAUUUGGAAAUAUAUCACACUCAAAUGUAUCUUAAAGUGCAGGUUAAUGGUGAACAUUUCCCCACUGACUUUACUACGCUGCGCUCCCAGCAUUAUUUCCACCUUCCUCACCCCCAGUAAGCGGAAGUAUUUUGGUAAGCAAAGAUGAUCUAACUUUACCAUUUGCCAGCUCCAUCCCUGCCAUAAUACCUCAUUGAUUCAAGUUAGAAACUAAGAUUUUAUUUAGACUAUGGAAGAGAUUACAUAAAUCAUUUGAAUGAACUGGGCUGAAUUAAUGCAAGUAGCAGCUGUCUUGAUAACUCCAUUGUCAGUAUAGUGGCUGCUGCAUAGAAACUUCAAUAAAUGGGGAAAGAAAUUGGACUUUUCCUUUAAUACUGAUAAUGUAAUUUUAAAAUGCUGCUUGUUCUGGAAUUUUGAAAGUCAAAUAAUAAAAUCAGCUUGGAAGA